UAGUAGUAUCUUUCAAUUUGAUGCAUUAGUACUGCUGAUAGCUACUUAACACAAACUAGCAAGUAGCAUCACGCAUCAUGGUCAUACAUUAUACAAGGCAACUUCUCCGUUAAUUUCCUCACACAUCCCUUUCUCCCUCUUUCUCUUUCUCUUUCUCUUUCUCUCCUUCCUUUUCAUCACUCACUUUUCACUCCCAAGUCCCAACCACAACCCCUCCUCUCCUCUCCUCGAUCAGUGCCAUAAAUCAAUUCUUUCUUUCUAUCUAUCUCUGUCCACAAUUCUCUUUAUGUCAACAAACCUAAAACUAAAACCUGCUUGAGAGAGUAGGGAAUUAAUUAAUUAAUUUUCUUUCAUUUCAUCUUUUAAGUUGAUCUGUGAAAAUGGCUUCAUCUUCCUCCAACGGCAGUUCCAGCGGAAGCAAGAGUUGGGACAUCGACGGCGACCUCGCCGGUUUCGGCUACAAAGUCCGUUCAUCGGAGCUGCAACACGUGGCAGAAAACAUGGAGCGUUUAGAGAACGUGAUGGACAUUGUGAACUCAUCAACCAACAAUAACAUAUCUCAGCUGGCCUCCGAUACAGUCUUCUACAACCCCUCCGACAUAGGUUCCUGGGUCGACACGCUUCUCUCCGAGUUCGACCAAACGGCGUCGUUGCCCUACGAUUUCUCGGAUUUUCUCGAUCUCGACACGGAUCAGAAUCAAAACCACAAACCAACGCUGGUAACAAUGGAAGAAGACUCAGGGAUAAGACUCGUCCACACGCUGAUGACCUGUGCGGAUUCCGUGCAACGUGGUGACCUCGCAUUCGCGGGCUCCCUCAUCGAGAACAUGCAGGGGCUGUUGGCUCACGUGAACACCAACAUCGGAAUCGGUAAAGUCGCUGGAUAUUUCAUCGAUGCCUUGCGCCGUCGCAUCUUAGGGCAAGGCGUGUUUCAAACGUUGUCGUCGUCCUCGUAUCCGUACGAGGACAACGUACUCUACCACCACUACUACGAGGCCUGCCCUUACUUGAAGUUCGCGCACUUCACGGCGAAUCAGGCUAUUUUAGAAGCUUUCAACGGUCAUGAUUGUGUCCACGUGAUUGACUUCAAUCUCAUGCAGGGGCUCCAGUGGCCCGCGCUGAUUCAGGCCCUGGCGCUUCGGCCCGGUGGGCCUCCGUUGUUGAGGCUCACGGGCAUUGGGCCUCCCUCAUCUGACAACCGCGACACGCUCCGCGAAAUCGGGCUCAGGCUCGCUGAGCUGGCGCGGUCGGUUAAUGUUAGAUUUGCAUUUCGUGGCGUGGCGGCGUGGCGACUCGAAGACGUGAAGCCGUGGAUGCUGCAGGUGAAUCCGAACGAAGCCGUGGCGGUUAACUCCAUCAUGCAGUUGCAUCGGCUUCUUGCUUCGGACUCCGAUCCAAUAGGUUCGGGCAUCGAAACCGUGCUGGGUUGGAUCCGAAGCUUGAACCCGAAGAUUAUUUCCGUUGUAGAACAGGAAGCGAACCACAACCAGGACCGGUUCUUGGAGCGGUUCACGGAAGCGUUGCAUUACUACUCGACCGUUUUCGACUCGCUGGAGGCGUGUCCGGUCGAACCGGACAAGGCACUUGCGGAGAUGUACCUGCAAAGGGAGAUAUGCAACGUGGUGAGCAGCGAGGGACCGGCGCGAGUCGAGAGGCACGAGCCGCUGGCUAAGUGGAGGGAGCGGCUCGAGAAAGCCGGCUUCAAGCCGCUGCAUUUGGGGUCAAACGCGUACAAGCAAGCCAGCAUGUUGCUGACUCUUUUCUCUGCUGAAGGGUACUCCGUGGAAGAGAAUCAAGGAUGCUUGACUUUGGGGUGGCAUAGCCGCCCUCUCAUUGCGGCUUCGGCUUGGCAAGCUGCGCCGAUGCAGGACAGGGAAACGCUGCGUUUCGAGCAAUGAGUUUCAAGAAACGGAAAAAUUGUUUAAUUAUAGUAGUAACUAGUAAACAAGAGUGAUGUAUAAUGUAAAUUUUUCUCUCUCUAUCUCUCUCUCUCUCUCUCCUCUCUAUUUCUUUUUUCUUUUCCUUUUCUUCUUCUUUUGAAAUGGUCAGUUUUGCGAAAUUAUUUUGUGGAUUUUCGAUCCUUUCAAUUUUCCAGACGCGACUCUGGUUGGGGGUU